UUUGGCUUGGGCCCGAAACUUGCAGAUGAGCGAAGGUUCGAAGUCACUAAACAAGUUUGCUUGGAGACUCUGUAGUUGACUUUAAUGUAUAUACUAUGUAUCGAGCAUAUACAAUCAAGAUUGUGCUUGAUGUGUUCCCAGAUACUGUAUUGAAAGUGAUGCGGCGAGGCUGGCCAUUAGCAAAACUUCGGAGUCUAUGUUGAUUCCCCUCACAACUACCCACCUUGCCAGAUGCAUCCCACCAACGUUGCACAAACAUCCACCACAUGCUGCUUGACUGUACCAUAUCCCAAUUGAAGGACUCCUCCAGUACCUGUCACAGACUUUGAAGAACACUCAAAGACAUCUUUUGUGGACCAGCAAUAAGCAGCGUGCUUGAAUACACUUGCGCUCAAAGAUCGAGUUCUCGUGCCUCCCGCCUACCUCUGUUUCCGCCUGAGAACAAUCAAGCUGCAAUCAGGAUGCCAGCGGCAUCGCCUCAGACAGUCAAACUGAAAUCCACCCUCCGCCUCCUCAUUCCUCGCCUCCGAAAUGCACAAAAGAAAGACACCGCGCUGUCCAUCGCCUCUCGACGCGAAAUGGCCGAACUCCUAGUCCAGUCCCGCGAUGCCUCCGCACGCAUACGAGUCGAGAACAUUAUUCACACCGACAUCACGGUAGAACUAAUGGAGAUCCUGGAACUCUACGCCGAACUCCUCCUCGCCCGUGCAGGGCUUCUGGACGUGCGCGACAAGAACGUCAAGGAAGGCACCAUCUCCGGCAGCGAUGACACGGGCCUGGAAGAGGCCGCCGCCAGCAUCAUAUACUCGGCGCCUCGACUGCCGCGGGACGUGCGUGAGCUGGGUAUCGUUCGGAACAUGCUGAUCGAGCGGUUCGGCAAGGAUUUUGCGCUCCGCGCCAGCGAGAACCAGGACAACUGCGUCCCCGCCCGGGUAGCGGAUAAGUUGAAGGUCGACCCGCCCAGCCCAAAGCUGGUGCAGGCGUACCUGGAAGAGAUUGCGCGGACGUACGGCGUAGACUGGCCGCCGCACAGAGAGGAUGUGGAGGAGUUGAGCAAAGAGGUCGACGACGAGGCUGACGAUGACGAUGGCGUGGGAGGCGGGGCUAAGGAGCCGCCUUUAGUGGCUGACGGGGCGGCGGCGCCUUCGACGCCCGCGAAGCCGAACAAGAUCGACAUCGGUUCUUUACAGAAUGCCACACCGCCGUCGAGUCUCGCUCUAGGCGGAGCGAAAAGUCCAGUAUCGGUCGCUCCGCCUGCACCCAGAACCGACAAUCCUAGUCCAAAGGUCAAAUUACCAGGAGGCGGAGAGAUCAAGCCUGACCAGAAGGCCAAAGCGGCUCCGGCGACGGGAUCGACGACGAAGGCGAAGACCACGACUUCAUCAGGAGGCGGAGGAGCUGCGUCUGCAGGGUCGGUGCCUGGCAAGGUGCCUACAGUGGAUGAUCUUGCGCAGAGAUUUAAGGCUCUUCAGAGAUGACAGUGGUUUACAUUGUAUAGAUACGUUAUGAUGAGACUAUGAACAUGUGCUCAAUUAAGCACUAAGACGACUCUACCUUGGGGCGGUCUCGUCCCAUGGCCUUUCCUGGUGUUGUUGCACGCGAGUUAUCCAGGCAGCCGUGUCAGUCAUUGUGUCCAUGGAGACGUCAGAUUCGAUGACAAUCCGGAAAUGUAGGGUUCGAACAUCACAGAAAUCCUCUCGAACGGACGAUCAUGCCUCCACAAUGUUCGUUCGCGGCCCUGUUGACAAGAUGAUAUCUUCAACAGCGCCCUGACCUAAGGUAGGAUGACCUGAAUGGAGGUG